AGUUUAUCAGCUGUGGGGACGAUGCAGGUGUUCUGGUGCUCAGUCACAUUCCUGGCCCAGGUGGUGUGGGUUCCAUGCCGGUGAUGUAUACUCUGGGUCCGACUUAUCUUGCAUUAGUGAAGGGGCAGCAGAGAUGUAUAUAAAUGUAGCGGUAAAGACGGUCAACUGUGUAUGUGUGGGAGGAUUUUAGCAACUCUUUCACACUUGUAUUGCAAGUACACGAACGUCAACGGGUGGUGUCAUCUCAGUAACGUGUAUUUGUCAUCACAAUCUACUUGAUAAAAGCAGUCAUCGAGAGGACAAACCCUUCAUGCAAACUGCACCAACUAUCAAGAAGAAGAAGACUUGAUAAUGGUUCAGGACGGACCGAAACGUCGUCGUCUCUUCAAUUUCUAAGUGUUAACAAGGAGUGUGGUAUAAUAUCAGCAUGAAGAGAAGAAGCAGACUUACACCAACAUCUCGCAAGAAAGUAAACAAUCUCUGUGAUAGGAACACCGAUGCUAGUGGAUCAGGUCUCAAUUUUCUCUCUGACGUAAGAUGUUACAUUCAUCCAGCAAACUUUGGUACUGGACGAUUAAAUAUAUUUAAAAAUCUAAUUAAGAAGCAUGGAGGUGAAAUUGUUACAACUCUGCCCACCUCAUCAGAAUCGGUUUCACAUGUAAUUUUUGAAGAGUCUAUAGAUAGCGAAAAAUUGAAAUUAUUGAUUGACCUGUCCAAUUUUCAUGAGACUGCUUUUGUUAAGUGUACUUGGCUGAUAGAAUGUGUAAAGGCAAAAUCCAAGAGUGAAACCAAAGAACAUGAAAUAAUACCAAUUGUGAAUUUGGUUGGUACACAUGAGAAAAAUGAGACCAAUGCAGUAUGCACAGCAGGUAAAGUAAUAGAUCUGGUGCCAGAAGACCCUGAACUUAAAAAUGAGGAUCGACAGCUGAUAAAUAACUCGGGAACAACUGAGAGUUCUGGUGCCAGUGAAGGUAGUGGCCACGCUAUAAAAGUAUUGAAAAAGAAUUUGACUCAACAGGAUGCAAGUGUCAAUCAGGACACGAUGAGGGAAGUGAUAAAGAAAGAGUCGUUAGUCUCCUGCAACACAAGACAUCAUACAGGUACAGAUUUACAAGGUGACAAUGAAGUGCACAACAAGGACAAACCAUCAGAAAUGAAGACUCUAGAACAAAGCCAGACAGCAAGUUGGCUAGAAAGACUGAAUGAUGGUAAACCAGAAUAUCACCAGGAUUCUCUAGUAAAGCCAUUUCCUAAGAGACUGAAGGAAAAAUUUGCUUGUGCCCGACCUUCUAGCAGCAAAGUGAAUAAACUCAAUGCCCACAUAACUAGUGAGCUUGAGAAACUGGCAGCGGCGUAUAAAAGUAAGAAUGAUACAUGGAGAGCACUAGGUUACCAGAAGGCUGUAUCGGCAAUUCGUAAUCAUCCGAGGGAGAUUACAUCUAGAGAGGAGGCACUUGGUAUCAAUGGUGUCGGAGAGAGACUAGCAGACAAGGUGGCGGAAAUUAUUGAAAGUGGUAAACUUAGAAAAGUAUCGGAGGUGUGUGAAGGCGAGGAAGCAGAGACCCUAAAGCUGUUUAUGGGUGUUUGGGGAGCUGGGCCAACUACUGCGCAGAGUUGGUAUACCCAGGGUUUCAGAACUCUUGAAGAUUUACGGACAAAGGCCACAUUAUCACGUCACCAGCAGAUUGGUCUUGAGCAUUACGAUGAUAUCAACAGUCGCAUACCUCGAGAUGAAGUUGCAGAAAUUGAACAAUUUGUGCGUUCAGCUGCCUUGAGCAUAAAGCAAGGGCUGAUUGUCAUGGUGUGUGGAUCAUAUCGUCGAGGAAAGCCAAGCUGUGGAGAUGUUGAUGUUCUUAUCACUCAUCCUGAUGGACAUUCUCACGAAAAUCUUUUUAAACCUCUACUAAAUUGUUUAAAAGAAACAGGAUUUAUUACAAAUGACCUAGUAAUUCAGGAAGAUAAUGGAAACCAGCAGAAGUAUCUAGGUGUGUGCAAAUUACCAGGAGAAGAUCGUAAGCAUCGACGUUUAGAUGUGAUAGUGGUGCCGUAUGCAGAAUUUGCCCCUGCUACAAUGUACUUCACAGGAUCUGCACAUUUUAAUAGAUCAAUGAGGCUCUUGGCAACCAAGAUGGGAAUGAGUCUUUCUGAACACGGCCUUCGUGCAGGGAUUGUCAGACAGGGUCGGGAAAAACUUACAGGAGGACAUCUACUAGAGACUCCUACUGAAGCGUCCAUCUUUGCUCAUCUUGGAUUAGAGUAUCGAUCACCCGAGGAAAGAGAUCACUGAUUUUCACUACUGUACAUGUAUCAGCCUGCCAUAGAGCAACUGCCGUCGCACGGGGUGGCGGGGCCGACAGACCCCCAUCGCUCCAACGCUCAGCGC